UUAGUAUGAUGGAAUGCAGUAAGGUAGUUGAUUCUCAGGAGGGAGGGGUGACAUUCCAGAACAGCAAGAGACAACUCAAUCCUGGUAUUACAUAUGAAAGAGGUUGAAAACAGCUCCUCCAUGGUACAUUGUAGGUUCAUAUAGUAGUGUUCUGGCAAGAUUUUAUCUAUAGAUGUGAACCAAUAAAGAAUUCAGCUACAAAGAAUCACCAUUCUUUAUCGUUGGGUUGGCCAAUCAGCUUGAUAUUUUUGGUUACCAAGUUUGGUCUACCUUGAAGCGCUGGCCCCUAACUGUUUGAGAAGAUCGAUUCAAGUUUUAGAAGAAUCGAAUGAACUUUUGUUCACAGAAUGAGUUCCCCGAAGAACCAGUGUUGCUGGUAAACAAAUUAACAAGUCAACGUCUUUAAUUAAGAUGGGAAUUGCAACAGAAGGAACAUACAAGAAAACCUUUAAAGACAUGGGCAUGCAUUUUUCAAUUUAGAAAAAUGGGAGGUUUCCUAGAAAAAGGGGAAAGGGUUCGGAAAAGAUACCUCUCCUUCCCACUUUGAUCUGCGGUACUAUUUACUUUGUUUCUCCAAUAACUCUUUCCUCCACUGAUAGUUGUAGACUUUCUUACUAGAGUUUUCUAGAAUGUAAAUUUAACAGUUCUCCCAAUUAUUCUGGGUUUUUUUUUCAUCUUGUCGAUCACGACAACUUUAAAAGGAAUUAUUAUUUUUUUUAAUGUUUUUGAGGGAAAGGUUGGACGCAUCAGACCUUUUCCUAUUCUUCUAAAGACUUUGAUCCAGAAAUAACUCAUAAUGGAAUGGCAGAAAUAUUGAACCAGACAGUUUCAGUAACCGAGUUCAUUCUUGUAGGCUUCACCCAUAUCCGUUGGCUUCAGAUCCUUCUCUUUUGGGUCCUCUUUCUCACGUAUCUUCUGACCAUCAUGGGAAACCUUCUCAUCAUCUACAUCACUCUGGUUGACCAUCGCCUCCAUACCCCCAUGUAUUUUUUCCUCCGGAAUUUUUCUGUCUUGGAAAUAGGAUUUAUCUCUUCUACCAUCCCGAAGGCUUUGCUAAACUUGGCCUCAGGCAACAGCACCAUUUCUCUGGCGGGCUGCUUCACGCAGGCCUUUUUCUAUUUUAUUUUGGGCACCGCUGAGUUCUUCAUUCUGGCCACCAUGUCCUUCGACCGCUACGUAGCCAUCUGCAAUCCCCUACGGUACACGGUUAUUAUGAACAAUCAGUUGUGUACGCGGUUAGUAGUGGGCUCUUGGCUGAUCAGUUUCCUUUAUAUCAUAAUGCCCCUGAUUCUGUUAUUUCGUCUGCCCUUCUGUGGUCCAAAUGUCAUCAAUCACUUCUUCUGUGACAACAUACCACUGAUCAAGCUGGCCUGCACCGACACCCAAUUUCUGGAACUGAUGGAUUUUCUCAUGUCCACCUUUAUGGUGCUGGGGUCUCUGGCUGUCACAAUCGUUUCCUACAUUAAAAUCGUUGCGGCUGUCCUGCACAUCCAUUCCGAGGAGGGCAGGCAAAAGGCUUUCUCCACUUGUGCAUCUCACAUUGUGGUGGUUUUCAUCACCUACGGGAGCUGCAUUUUCAUGUACGUCAAGCCCAUGCAAAGCGGGGGGGUGGACCUCAGCAAGACGGUAGGUGUCCUGAACAACGUGGUCUCCCCUUUGCUCAACCCCUUCAUUUACAGCCUGAGGAACAGGCAGGUGAAAACAGCGUUGAAGGAUGCUUGUGGAUGGAGACGAGAAUAGCUUUGAAGGAUGCUUGUGGAUGGAGAGGAAAACAGCCUUGAAGGAUGCUUGUGGAUGGAAAUAAAAACAGCUUUGAAGGUUGCUUGUGGAUGGAGAUGAGCAUCGUCUAAUCGGGGAAAUGACCUGUCCAGGUGCAGGCUGAACGUCCUUGACUC